GUUCCCCCGCUCGGCUCUACCUGCGCCUCCCGCGCCGGCCGCCCCCCCCCCGCCCCCGGCCACAGACGCACCGCCCAGGGACAGCCCGGCCCGCGCCAGAACAUUUGAAUCCUCUUUGGAAAUAUGAAAACAAAGAACUGCUUUUCAAAUAUCGUUCAGAACAAUUGACACAUUCCAGGGAAAAGCUGUUGUGUUUGGGGCUUUUUUUGCAAAGUUCAGAAGAAUCUGCAUUCUCUGAGAUUUUAAAUAAGUAUAAAAUGAAAACGGUUUGAAGUUUAGCCUUCAAAAUGAAUGUUGGGAAGUCAGAUGACAAAGCAAAGAAUGGCUUGAAGUCUUCCUUACUUAUAAGGGAUGAAAAUGGAAAUAACUACGCACGUGACAGAGCUACACCUUCCUCAAAGAAUUGUGCCACCAAGAUACACAGCAAUUCAACUGACCAGAAUAUAGUGGCUGAGCAUGAAGAUGAUUUUGAAAAUACGAGUGACUUCAGAAGUAUUCUUUUAAAACAGCAGUGUAUUGAAGUACUUGAUCUGCAGAAGACACCUAGCAGAUACAACUGCACAGGAGCUCUGUUGGGAGAUGCAGAUGCUGCUUGCAAGUCUUCUGUCACUGAACAGACUUGCAUGUGUCCUUUGAACUGUGACUUGAAAGCAACAACAAACUUCUUGAAAGGUGACGUUGUUAUGGCAAAAAUGCAAAAUCAGAGUAUCAGACACACAGUGCCUUACAGUCAGACAGACUCUAAGUGUGGAGUAGUACUUCCUGCUUCAGAGCAGUCCCUGAUAAAUGACAGGGCAUGCUGCCACCUGAGCACAUUGGAUGUUACUAAUGUUACAGGUGAAACUCUGGGAACUGAUCAAAAUGAUGAUAUGCAUCUGAGAGAAACACUACUCUUUUCUGAAAUAUGUACAAGAGAGAAAUUUGAUAGAACCAGCUCAGAAAGAACACCUAAUUUCAUCUCUGCAGGUGUGGAACACUGUCUGAAAAACACUGUCAAGACUGAUAAAGAAUCACAGGAAACAGAAGCACAGUCUGUAGAACUAGCUGCUGAAUGUAUAGGUCCUUAUAGACGAGAUGCAUUGUCACCAUGCAUUAAUAUUAAUGAAGAUGACCAAGUGAAAUCCUUGCGGGAUACCUCUGACCAUGAUGAAACUGGGAAUUCCAAUGUUGAAACGUGCAUAGAUAGUCUUGUAAAUAAUGUGCACCUUCUCCCAGUAGAUAAAAUGGAUGGAGAACAAGUAUCAAAGAAAACCAGUGAACCCUUAACCAAAGAACAGAGUAUCUCUGGAAAUGCUGCUCUUCAGGAUAUGCACAACACCCCUUCUGUAUCUUGCAGUGUACCAAAAUGGAAGAGGACUGCUAUACCUGACCUGAAAUGUGAAGAAACUUUUGUGGUCUUCAGUCCUAUGGCUGAUGAAAGUGCUUCUGCUCUAUGUUCUUCAACCCCUAAAGAGCGAUCAAAAAAUAGAACUUUUUCUGUUUCAGCUUUGGAAGAACUUGGAGACAAGUCUCCUAAACUAAGACCAAAUGAGACAUUUGUAGGAGGACAUAAUAAAAGGUCUGUGCUUAGAGCUAGUUCAGAUCAAACUGUAAGAAAACCAGUGGGCAGGUCUUCUAUUGUGUCAACAAUAACCAAAGCAAAGAAAUCGGAGAUUGUUAGUUUUCCCAAACCUGAUUUCAAAAAUGUGAAGCCAAAGGUUGUGUCUAGACCUGUGCUACAGUCAAGAGACAGUGCAGCAUUAAAACAGUCUCCCCAGUCCUCCCAGUUGUCAGCUGUCUCCUCACCUUCACGGGUUGCUUCCCCAAGGCAAUUGUCCUCUAUAAAAGUGUUGAAAAAGACAGUAGAUCUACCUAAAGUUUCAAAAGUGGAAUUGCCUGUAAAUAAACCCCAUAAGCUACAUCUUAACAAACGCCUCUUCACUAACCAAGUUGUACAUGCCACAACACCUCCCAGAAAUGCUUCCCACAAGACUUCAAAGACACCUGCAUUAAAGCAAAGUCCUGAAGACACUGACAAAGCAAGCGCUACCCAUUCAGCGUGCUCCUUGGUUUCUGCUGUGUUUCCAACAUGCGUAGAGAGCUCGGAAGAGAUGCUAAAUGAUAAAAUGGAAAGUUCAGACUCCUUAGUGCAGCCUUGUGCUCAAGAUAUUGAACCAGCUGGAGGCGAAAAAGAGCAAAGCACCAAUAUGGGAAUGCUUCUGGAAGCGACCUUGGUAAAAGAUGUGGCAAAUGAAACAUUUGACAUGCACUCUGUUCCUUUGAUGCCUUCUGUGAAAGAUGGGACAACUCAAGGGAAAAACAUACCAAAGAAAGACCCAAUCGCACUACAAAGUGCAUCCACUCCCAAGGCUAAAAUGGUGCCAUCUGUGUUGACCUUGAAUAGAGGAUGUAAAAAUAAAACUACCAGCACUGUUAAAACACCUUCUCACAAGGAAGCUCUUUUGUCAGCAAGCUCCGGUAUAGGAUCUUUGCCAGGAGAGAAGCAUGCCUCAGUGAAAAAUUCCCCAACCUCCUCUGGUAAAUCCCUCGCCAAAUUCAAAGUGCCUGUCAAAAGAUCAGUGCUUGAGAGAACACCUAGCCUCUCAUCAGUCAGCAGCACUCAGAGUGAGCGAAGUCUUUUCAGCACUGCAAGUGCCACAGUCAUCAAGAAUGGAGAAUGGCCUUCAAAACCAGCCUGCCAGAAUGGCACUUCAGGACCUGUCCCUUUGAAAGCGCUGUCAAGACCUAGAUUGCACUUGUUGAAGUCAACUCCGAAAGGAGCCAAGACCAAAUCUGCUUCACUGAACCAGUGCACACCAAAAUCAGCUGGGCCACUGCACCCAGGAAGGAAAGUCAGUGAGAUUAGAGGUUCUCCUGGAAGAAGUGUACACCAAAGCCUAUCUUGUUUGGGUCCUGUUGACAAGGGCAAGCAGCGGAGUCCCAAGAGCUCGUGCAUACAGACUCAAGGCUCCACAGAUGCACGUUCACCUGGCACAAAAGCAGCAGAGUUGACACAGUACAAAACAAAAUGUGAAACCCAAAGUGGAAUCAUCCUGCAGCUGAAAAAAUUCCUGGCAUCCAGUAACCAGAAGUUUGAAGCAUUAACUGUUGUCAUCCAGCACCUGCAGUCUGAGAGGGAGGAAGCAUUGAAACAGCGUAAAGAGUUAUCUCAAGAACUAGUUAACCUUCGAGGAGAACUAGUAACCACUUCUGCAGCUUGUGAGAAAUUGGAGAGAGACAGGAAUGAACUGCAAGUUGCUUAUGAAGGGUUUUUGCAAAAGUUAAACCAGCAACAUCAUGAUGACUUAGCUGAGCUGGAGGAGAGGCUUAAACAGUUUUACACUGCAGAAUGUGAGAAACUCCAAAGUAUCUGCAUUGAGGAAGCUGAGAAGUACAAAGCACAACUCCAGGAGCAGGUGGACAACUUAAAUACCACACAUGAAAGCUUUAAGCUGGAACUCGAAAACAGACACUCAGAAAAAGUAGAGGAGCUGAAAAAGGAGUAUGAAUCCUCUUUUUCAGAGCUCAAGAGCACCCAUGAAUCUGAAAGGAAGUCACUUGAAGAUUCUUUUAAAGAGAAGCAGGAAUUGCUGGAGAAAAAAAUCGAUGAACUAAAAAGUGAAAACGACUCUCUGAGUGAGAAGCUGAAAUUAGAAGAACAAAAACAAAUAGCCAAAGAAAAAGCCAAUGUUAAAAACCCACAGAUUAUGUACCUGGAACAGGAGCUGGAAAGUUUGAAAGCAGUGCUGGAGAUCAAGAAUGAGAAACUCCAUCAGCAGGAUAUAAAGCUAAUGAAGAUGGAAAAACUGGUGGAGAACAACACAAUUUUAAUGGAUAAAUUAAAGAAGGUUCAGCAAGAAAACGAAGAAUUAAAAGCUCGGAUGGACAAACACAUGGAGCUUUCAAGGCAACUUUCUACAGAGCAAGCUGUUUUACAGGAGUCACUAGAGAAAGAAUCAAAAGUAAACAAACGCCUGUCAAUGGAAAAUGAAGAACUUCUGUGGAAGUUGCACAAUGGUGACCUAUGCAGCCCAAGAAAACUGUCUCCGAGUUCUUCAUCUGUGCCUCUUCAGUCCCCAAGAAAUUCUGGUAACUUCUCUAGUCCUGCUGUGUCACCAAGAUGACAUCUCUUGAGAGAAAGAGGGGAUUGCAUUUCGUUUCUGAUCUGCAGAACCAAUCUUAAUUUUAAUCACAGGAGCAAGAGCUAUAUUAGCCGACUAUGACAUCUAAACAUAACUGGAAACUAUUCAGUGCAAAAAUGGCGAGAAGAGACUGUGAAUAUGGGAGUAAGACAUUCGCUCCUCCCAAAAAGACUUGUUUAUGACCUCUAUGGACAUUGUUGCACAAAGCACUUAAAGAGCAAGGAAAGACUUGUUUGUUGCCUUUUCACCUAACUCUAAGAAGAAGCUCAGGGGCUUAGAGAUAAAGAUCACAACCUUUAUAAUAUGUUCCUUAUCACCGACACUUUUUUAAGGCCGUGUGUGUGUGCGCGUGUGUGUGCUGUGGAUGGAAUGGAUGUAACACACUGUGCGUGUGUCUAAUGCUGCCUUCUUUGCUGUGUACGUAAUAAAGGAUAAAAGCUGAAGACUAUACUUCAUUUACUUCCUUGAUACUGUUGACAGUAUGCAUGCUUUUAGCAGAGUAGCCUUGCCCAGCAAUGAGGAGAAACAGCCACUCGUACUGUAGGUUAGUUUCCUUCAGCUCUCUGGCUUCAGUUUGGUAAAAAAAUGGCAUGAAAAGCUUUGUCAACUGACUCAUUAGUGUCUUGGCCAACCUAAGUAUGCAACUUUGAAUUAAUUUUAAAAACAAACUGAAUUGCAGCCGUAUUUUGCAUGGGUUCUUGGUUUUUUUCUCUGCCAUUUAGAAGGAGACAUUUUUUGCAGGAUACAGUGGAUUUUGGCUUUCAAGUCAACAGGGUUGUAGUCAGAACCACAGUAGCCCUCGAGGUCAGAAGUUCUUAUUUGAGCUGCAGGUUUAGAAGCCUAGACUUUAGCAUCUUACCAGUUGAAAAGGAAUUGCUAAUUUCCCAAAGCAUCAAGUCCAUUUCUGAGGAUACACUAGAUGUAGAUUGGAAAGCCAAAGCAAAAAAUGCAAUAAUUGUCACUAGGUGCAUUCUUAACUCAGUUCUCGAGAUGAAUCUUAAGUAGUUGGUGAAUUUCAAUGUAGCUGGUGACACACUUACUUUGCCUUUUUAAGCAUUAGGAUUUGUAUGAACAUUCCUCAGGGUUGGCUAAAUUCACCUGAGGAAGAGGGAAAAGGUGGUAUCUGUGUAUUUCGUCUUGCUAAUUCUGCCAUACCUUCCCUUUUAGACUGCAGGAUAUUGGUCUUUUGCUAGUAUUUGGUGAAAGAUCCUGUACUAGAGAUUCUGUAGAGUAGGGGGGGAAAAUUGUCCUGGCUGCUGGAACUGGAGGACAAGGGUGUCAGUGUUUCUGGAAAUGUCACAUGAUGAGCUUUAGCUUCAACAAGGUAUUCAUUUAGCCUUGCUCCACCCUUGAUCAGACCUGUUUAAGAUAUCUGCUUUUUACCUGCUAAACACAGAUUCAACUUCAAAUUGGUAUUACAAAACCCUAUCGAUGUUUACAGUAGCUUGGGUUUUACAGUAGGGCCAGGACCACCGUUACAGUACUGGUUAGCAAAUGCUGUUAGCUGGACAUACAAUUUGCCAUGACAGUUACCAGUAUCUGCUGAGUUUCCCUGUGUUUCUUAGUAGUUUGAGGACAGGAGUCAGGGGGGAGGGAGAGCAUUCAGGGAACUCAACUGGAGAACCACUUCAUUUUACCUGACUUGCAAAACCUUGGCUAGUACUGAGGAAUACAGACAUAGAAACAAGACUCUUAACAGUGCUCAUACAGUAAGUAAAUUUGUAAUAAACUUGUGAUUGACUGUUUCAUCAUUAAAUUUACUUAAUCUUUCAUAACGUACAAGUUAAGGGUGCCAUUUCUAUAGAAUAUUAUGCUUUCUUUUAAUCCUUUUUAGGGCACUGUACAUACCACUUACUGGUGGUUUCAGUACUUAAUAUGUUUUUCAAAUUUAACUACGAAGAUCCUGUGUUGGCUACAACUUGGCUUAAAGUAUCUCUUGGAACAUUCUUAUUUUCUAUGGUCAGAGAUUUGAUUGCAUGUAUUUGAGCUGAAUGCUUUACAAUAAAUUUUUUGUACCAAUUUAAGGAUUUUUCUUCUGCUUGUAUUAGUCAAAUAAUCUUUAAUCUAAGGAGGAACAUUCCUCUUGCUACUAAAAACUCUUAGUGCCUGCUCAGCACAGCAGAACAGCAAUAGUGAAGCUUCACUGCACAAAUUAAUGUUCAGCUAGCCCUUUGAAAAUGCUACCCUUGCUACUCUAAUGUAAGUAGAAGUUACACAGAGCUUGCUUGUGAUUAUUAGCAAUUCAGUUUGAGUUGGCCAUUAACAAAAAAAAAAAUGUAGAUUAGGUACUCAAAGUGCAUAUGUCUGGUAAAGGCAUCCUACAGAACUCAUUAAAAUGCUCACCUUAUUCAGGAAGUUUUGUGUGUGAGAAAAGCCACAGUUACAGUUUAGCAGUCUAAGAGGUCAUGUCACAAGAACAGUUGUCCAGCCACUGGUAAGAACUUUAUUACAUUAGUUGCAAAGUAAUGCCUCAAAUAAAACAUGCAGGAAGAUUGCAUACAAGUGUUUGAAGGUCAGAUAUAGCAUAGCCCUUCAUGUAACAGAGCAGGGAAAGCUUUUCCAGGCUACUGGUACAGAAAAGUAAGUAUGGUAUAGUAAGUAAUACAAAGACUGUUCAUUUGUUGAUAAUUUCCCACAGUGCACAGGAGACUCCUCAUCUCUAAAUUGCUUGCAAGUAAAAUCUUAAAUGCUUUUAUGAAGAAAUCAAGACUGCUUGUAUAUAGAAAUCAGACUACAAAUAACACCUGUUCAGUGUUUGUCCUUUUGGUCUCAAAGAAUUAAAUAAUUCUAUUAAUCUGUAAA